GCCAUUUUCCUUCUAUUACCGCCAUUUUUAUUAUUUUGUGAUUCAUAAACCUAUAUCUAUUAAACGAUAUAUAUAACUAUAAACUGUAAAAAAGAAUUCAUUAUUGUUUAAAACAAAAGAACCAGUAUACUACAAAUAAUUUUGGCGACAUGAAGCGCGACGCGUAUGGUGAAGACGGGCCGGUGCACAAGCGGCAGCGUCAGACUGAUGAUGAAGUUACCUUCCUCAUCCCUAGCAAGGUGGCGGGAUCUAUUAUCGGAAAAGGUGGCUCCAACAUCUCCAAGUUAAGAAGCGAGUACAAAGCCUCUAUAACAGUCCCCGAUUGCCCCGGCCCCGAACGAGUUCUGUCGAUAAGUGCAUCUGAUAUCGAUACAAUUUUGGAAAUCGUGAAAGACAUACUGCCGAAUUUGGUUGAUGGAGGUCUGAAGGGAGGAAACGAGGAUCUGGACAUCCGUCUACUGAUACAUCAGAGCCGAGCUGGUUGCGUCAUCGGCAAAGCCGGUGCCAAGAUCAAAGAAUUGCGUGAGAAAACGGGCGCCCGACUGAAGAUAUUCUCUAGCACGGCGCCGCAGAGCACGGAGCGCGUGGUGCAGCUGGUGGGCGGCAAGGAGGCCGUCGCCGCCGGCGUCAGGGAGGUGCUCGACCUCAUACGACAGGUGCCAAUAAAGGGCGCGAUACAGAACUACGACCCGCACAACUACGACGACUACUACGCGGAGGAGUACGGCGGGUUCGGGGGCGGAAAUAAUAAACCAUGUUAA